AUGCAGCAGGAUGCGAACGAGGAUUAUCAGGAGCAGCCAGAGCAUAUUGAUGGGCGCUCGUUCUUCUUCCUUGGCACCUUAUUUCGACGCUGGCGCGAUCGCUGGUUGGCCUUUCACGGCUCUGCACCGCUCUAUGCCGGCGCUGCUUUCCCUCUCAAUGGCUACUUCAACUGCCCGUCGUACGGCUGUAAUCCUGCAGCCAUUGGACCACAGCCAGGUGGCUUCUAUCCGACCUACUAUGCCUCGCCGAUCCCGCUGCAGCCUCAACAGCAACAACAGCAGCAGCAGCAGCAACAGGCGCAGGGCAAUAGCAAUGUCUACAUAUAUCAGACUGAUCAGAAUAUGGCUAGCUCAGUGUCCCAUCCGCCGUAUGGACCCGGUUUCUUCGGGCCAGCCCGGCAGCCCACACCACCGCCGCCUCGACCGCUGCCUCUGCCACCACCAGCACCGCUGCCGCAGCUGCCACCGGCCAUGCCUCCGCCUCAAGGGAGUGCUAGCAGCUUUGGAUUUGGACCUGGACCUGGCCCUGGAACCGUUCCGCUGCCAGCCUGCGGACCCAACUCGUUGUCCUGCGCUUUCGGCUAA